GGAGCUGCCACCGAGGAGCACCCACAGACAGUGACGGACCCCGACAGCCAGAAGGGAGGACUCACAACCUGUUGACGUUACAACAAGUAGUAGGAGUUUGAGCUCAUGGCAGGACCCCAGCCCAUCUACAUCUCCACACCAGAGGCUGCAACACAGUAGAGGCUCUGCAGGGGACUCAACCCGCCAUCUGCCUACUAGGGGGACCACUGGAGGCCUGACAGCUACAUAUUUUCUGUCUCUACAAAACAAAACCUGAAAGGAACUUGAACUUUUUUUGUGUCGAUUCUGGACGUUGUAUUUAAAAAAAAAACUUCAGAGAAGAGGACUAAUAGUUUUUCAGCAAAGUUUCUUAACUUCAUUCGCUUCAGAAGACGUUUUUAUUUUUAAAAAACAUUGAAUAAAAUGAUGGAGGAUCACCUGCCGAAGAUCCCCAUGAUGUCCUCCGCUUCCCCCACCGAGUCUUCUGGGAGCGGCGGGACUGACGACUGCAGAGGAGCCAAGAGUCCGGCCCCGGGGAAAGCUCUGAGUCCGGCCCUGGUCUGCAAAGUGUGCGGGGACACCAGCAGCGGGAAACACUACGGCAUCUACGCCUGCAACGGCUGCAGCGGCUUCUUCAAACGCAGCGUGAGGAGGAGGCUCAUUUACAGGUGCCAGGCUGGAACAGGCAUGUGUCCAGUGGACAAAGCUCAUCGCAACCAGUGCCAGGCAUGCCGGCUGAAGAAAUGCCUGCAGGCGGGCAUGAACAAGGACGCAGUGCAGAACGAGCGGCAGCCCCGCAGCACAGCUCAGGUCCGCCUGGACUCCAUCGACGUGGACCCUGAGAAGGAGCACCUGGCCACCACACGAGAGCCCACCUCCUCUUCUUCAUCCUCUUCCUCCUCUUCCUCCUCCUCCUCCUCCAGCGGGUCUGUCAUCACGUGGCCCCACAUCACCUCCUCCAUGUCCAUCACCUCGUCUGUCGCCCCCCAGCGCUGCAUCAGUCCCCAGAACAACCACCGCUUCAUGGCCAGCCUCAUGACGGCCGAGACCUGCGCCAAGCUGGAGCCCGAGGACGUUGACGAGAACAUUGACGUGACCAGCAACGAGCCGGAGCGAGCGUCCUCGGAGUACCACAUGGCUCUGUACCCGUCCAGCUCCGAAAAUGUGUACGAGACCUCGGCGAGGCUACUCUUCAUGUCCGUGAAGUGGGCCAAGAACCUGCCGGUGUUCUCCAACCUGCCCUUCAGAGACCAGGUGAUCCUGCUGGAGGAGGCGUGGAGCGAGCUCUUCCUGCUCUGUGCCAUCCAGUGGUCUUUACCGCUGGACAGCUGCCCGCUGCUCUCUCUGCCUGACCUCUGCCCCGGCAUGCAGGGCAAAACCAGCUACACCAGCCUGGACCUGCGCCUCCUGCAGGAGGUCUUCAGCCGCUUCAAGGCUCUCGCCGUCGAUCCCACUGAGUUCGCCUGCCUCAAGGCCAUCGUGCUCUUCAAGCCAGAGACUCGUGGUUUGAAAGAUCCAGAGCAAGUGGAGAACCUGCAGGAUCAGUCUCAAGUGAUGCUGGGACAACACAUCCGCUCGCACUACCCCAGUCAACCAGCCAGGUUCGGAAAGCUGCUUCUCCUUCUUCCCUCUCUGCGUUUCGUGAAUUCGGAACGGAUAGAGCUGCUGUUCUUCCACAGGACCAUCGGAAACACUCCCAUGGAGAAACUGUUGUGUGACAUGUUCAAGAACUAAAACUAUGACCCAGAAACCCAUGCAGUCGUCAGUAACCUCCAGGUUUGGAGGGGUGAUAUUUGACAGAUAUUUGCUUUGUAUUUCUGUAUACAUAUCAGAGAUUCUGCGUGCUGUUAUUUUUUUUAAAAAGGCCACUUUAUUGUUUGUUUCCACAUCAGGUCAUUCUGAAAAUGCAAUUCAGUUCUUAUCAUCAUGCUUGCUGUCUAUUUGUAUCAUAUUUAGACUCGCGUCUGAAGUGACUCACGAUCACGUUUUGUCUUCUAGUAUUUCUUUUAUUCUUGUGUUUUAUUUUUGUGACAAUGCAGAUCUUUAUUUGUUUGGUGAUAGAUGGACUGUAUAUCCCUGCUGUCAUUAAUGUGACUGUUAUAUUCAUGUUGUCAUGCCUUCGAGAAAGUAAAACUUGCUUGAAAAUUG